UUCUAUAGGUCGAGAGGAAUCCAACAAGGGGUCACUUGUAUCUAUGGGGAAAUGUGGGACCAAGCUAUUGACUUGUAAAUACAUAUCAAAGGCGAAAACAUCGAAAGAAGUGAGCCAUGGCUGAACCAAGCUCCUCCUGUCCCCAAAGGAAGAUGUCCACCGCUGGGGAGAGCAUGUACAAGGUGUUAGGGCUGGAGAAAGGAGCCUCAGCUGAGGACAUCAAGGGAGCAUACAGAAAACUAAGACUGAAGUACCACCCGGAUAAGAAUCCAGACAACCCGGAGGCAGCAGAGAAGUUUAAGGAGAUUAACAACGCCAUCUCUAUUUUACUUGAUGAGACCAAGAGGAAGAUUUAUGAUGAGUAUGGCUCCAUGGGCCUUUAUGUGUCCGGACAGUUCGAAGAGGAAAGCGUCGAAUGGUGGUAUAAGGUCUGU